ACCAACAGCAGAAACAUGGUUAAACAUAUGUUUGCUUAUCUCCUUCUAUGGUCACUAAGCCACGAGCUUUAUGGAGCAGGAAAAAUGGAUGAUGGUCUAAAGCCAAAAUCUUGGAGUAACCAGAACCUCGCUUCGGUUCCUUUGGAUUUGAAUGUACAUCUGAGAAACCUCGAUCUAUCCAACAAUUUAAUCAGACGGUUGCACAAACUUGAUUUGCCAUACUUGGAGCAGCUGGACUUGAGCAGCAACCAGCUGGAGCUCAUCUCUGAUGGAGCUUUAGUAGACCUGACUCAUCUUAAGGAGUUGAAUUUGUCCAUGAACUCACUGAACAACAACUAUGACAGAAACAGCAAAGCACUACAAUCCAUUGGUGGCCUGAAGAGUUUGGACAUAUCACUUAACAGUUUGGGCUAUGAAGCUGUGAAACUGUAUCUACAAAACAAAUCUUCACUUGAGCUACUUAAGAUGAGUGGCAAUUCUUUAACAUGGCUCACACACGACUUGUUCAAAGAGAGUGAGGGUAUAAUGAACCUUAGUAUUGAUGACAAUAUAAUAUCAGCGAUUGAUCCAGGAACAUUUGAACCGCUGAAAAACCUAGAAAAUCUUAACCUAGCCAAAAAUAACCUCCCUCACAUAUGUGAUUUCAAACUACAGCAAGUUAAAUAUUUAAAUAUAAGUAGAAAUUCUAUUGAGUUCUUUGUUACUACAGAGGAUAAUCACAUGUACAGUCUUGAAAUACUUGACCUUAGUCAUAACAGACUACUAUAUUUCCCAAUUCUUCCCACCUUCAACCAAUUGAAAUACCUUUAUUUACAUCACAAUAUAAUGGGGACCUUAAUGUCCGAAGCAUCAAUGGUAUCAGACGCCAAUUCCCUUUAUAAUGAAGUUGUCAGAAAGGGUGCUGUUGGAAUUAUAAAAAAUUAUCUUCACUCAAACUGGAGACUCAUGCCAAUAAUCUUUAUUGACCUCAGCUAUAACUACUUCACAUCUUUCCCAAUGGAAACAUUAAGCCUUCUCCCAUCUUUGGAAGGGCUCAAUUUCAGUUUUAACUGCGUGCAAAAUCUCACAUGGAAUGUCCGGCACGACAGUGCAUUUGAAUACUAUAGGCAGCUUUAUUUUCCCUCCUUAAAGUACCUCAACAUGCAAAGCAAUGGACUAGUAUCUGUUUCGCCACUCUUUCUCCAGGCCCUCACACAAGUUGAGACAAUAAAUCUCCAAGACAACUCACUGCAGCCUUGUGCUCCCGUGGGCCAAGUGCACAGCUCCUCAUCACCACAGCAACUAAACGUGAACUCAUCCUGUGUUGCCUUUGGAAAUGUGAGAACGCUCAAACAUCUGAACCUUGAAGACAACAACAUAAAGAUUCUUUAUGUGAAAGCAUUCCAGAAAAGCUCUUUACUGUCCCUAAACCUGGCAAGGAAUUCGCACAUGGUCAUGCAAAUUGGUUCACUGGAUGACAUUAAGGAAACUCUUCAGUCAUUGACUAUUAGUGAACUGAACAUCACCAAUAAUGAUCUGUUCUUGCCUUGCAUGCCAAUGUUAAUGCAUCUGAAUAUGUCCAACAAUAAUCUAAAUGUUUUACCGCAAAGUUUGAAUUGCUCUCCUCUGAGGGAACUCAGCAUAAAGAAUAACGCUUUUGUGUCUUUAAACUACUCAUUGAUUCAGGCGUUAUCAGCAAACCUUCAAGUUAUAUACAUUAGUCAAAACUACUUUACUUGUUGUGAUAGUCAGUGGCUGGACAUCCUCAAUAACUCAAGGAUUAAAAUGCCGGACAUCAGCCACACCAAAUGCGUUCUCGGUGGCAGAACAGUACUAAUUGAAGAGUAUUUGAAAAAUCCUUCAUUGCUUUGUACAAGUAGAAUCAAAGGGAUUCAAUUGGGACAAACAAUUAUAGUUGUUUUGUUUGUAGGUGUACUGAUAACAGUGCUGAUUAUGUUCACCUGGAAAGUGUGCACCUAAAAAAUACUUCCAACCAUUGCACACUGAAUAACUCGAAGCAGCUAUACAUUAUUUUUAUUUUUAUUUUUUUUUCCAGAUUUAAAUAUCCGUUUAGUAAAUGUUUAUGACUGCAUGACGUCAGAAACUCAAGUCCAAUUGGACUUUUUGUAUUUUCAAAUUAUGUCUCUCAUAGUUAAAUUGUACCUAUCAAGACAAUUACAGAUCUCUGCCAUCAUUUUAAGUGGGAGAACUUGCACAAUCUGAUGCUGUCUAAGUACUUUUUUUUUUUUUGCCCCAGUGUAAUUAGUACCGACAUUUCCAACACUAAAAACACUGUUGUUAAGGAGAAUAUCUUAUGUUAUCGAUUGAUGAAAUCUACCACCUAGCCAUCCAAGUUUUUUGUUUUCCCUGAACGCAUCUGUUUUUACAAGCAUUGUACACAAAUUGCCCCCUGCAGGCCAUUAGUAAGAAUGCUAGACACAUUUGGACAGUAAUGACUUCAUUUUUGUCUGUUACUAAAAACACAUCUUCCAGAAAAUACACACGUUAUGACUACUGUUGAUGAAAUCAGAAGUGUUCCUUUUGUGUCAAAUCAAUGUGAAAUUGUAAUUUCUUUGCAUUAUAAAACUUACCAGUAAACAUGUAUUCUGGAGCACAUUGAGGUCAAUCGCUCAAGUAUUCAAAAAAGGUAAUAAAUGAUAAAGGGAAUUUACUUUUACUUCAAUAGUCUAACCGCAAAUGCAUGCAUGAUCCAUUCGGUGAGAGAUGGGAAAAGUAUGGUCACUUGUUGCAAAUCAGUAAACCAUUUUAUGUUUUUUUAGAGAUUGUUUCACCAUCUCAGUCAGGAAACACAAUAAAACAGUGGUCAGCUAUUAUGCCCUUGUUUUUGGAGACAUGUGCAUCUCAUGAUCAGUGAUACUGAAACCCAUUACGCAUGAUUCCAGUAUUGUAGUCAAAAAGUACCACAAUGGUCUUGAGCAUUCACAACAGCCUCAACCAAACUGUGGAUCCUUAUCAGAUAGCAUCUUGCAAGUGUGUGGAUUCUUAUUAGAUAGCAUCUUGCAGGUCUGUACGCGAAAGAGAUUAUACUGGAUGUAGGUGUAAGAUAAGAAUUACAUUGUUUUCUCCUUCUGUCGUGGGGAAUAACAGAGGCUGAAACUAAAAUAUAACUGUAUAUUUCGCGAGCGGCAAAUUUGCAAAGACUAACAUAUGUAGCUUAAUGCUCUGAAUAGAAUCUUGAACACAGUCAGCUAUUGUAUUUAGUGUUUCCUUAUUUAUGGUAAAUUCAGGUGUAUGUUGCUGAACUACUUCUCUUACUUGUACACCAGUCACAUUCUUUAAUUGCUCCUUAUUAUACAUAGUACAUUGUAUUCCUAUCCAGAUAAUUUUUUAAUAUUUCUCCAUUUGUCAUAUUUUCUUGCUAUACAGUAUGUGUAACAAUGAAAAAAUGACAAUUUAAUAUGUGGACAUAUUUAAAACAAUCAGCCGAUUUUAUUGUCUGCCAUAAUCCAAUUUAGUCCAAGGGCUUUCAAUUGAUUUAAUACAAAAUUAUCAACACAUUUAACACUACUGCUGUCAAUGUCACUGACCCAUAAGAAUUCACUGUUAUUCCUCCCAGUUUAAAUGAAUUGGGCAUCCAUCGUUGUGCAAGCAUGACCCAGUUUAGGAAGUGGUACAAGCACAUGGUUUUCACAGGGUAUAGUGAAGAAGAAGGGGUUCAAUUAUAGGGGGUUUUCACAUAUCUGUUAUUGGCUAAGUCCAGUUUAUUUUUGUUUAUCUUGCAUCUUAUGCAUAUGGUUAUUUAGUUUAUUUCUUUGUGAAUAUGAGGACUAGUUCCAUAGGGUGGACAGAUAUAAUUAAGGAAUAGAAAUGGGGGUAGGUUUUAAUAAGCAAAUGCUUCAUCCUACUCCUUUUUGGACACAAUGAAUAAAUUCUGACCUUGUUUAGUAUUAUCAUUAUUAUUAUUAUUGUCUUAACUAUUGUUGCUGUUAUCUUGAGAAUAUAAUUGGUUCUGUCUAAUUUUUUGUUUUUCGUUUUUUUUUUUUUUUGUCUAUUAUUUUUAUUUUCUCAUGUCCAAAUAAAGCAUUCAUUCAUUCAUUCAUUCAUUCAAUGGCAGACAAUGAGUUGAUAGUAAAGAGCUUAGUUUUUAACACUUUAUUAAUUUAUAGAAUAUUUUUUUCUGAUUAAUAAUUAAAAUACAGUACAUUAUGUUUGAGGACUGGCAUCACAAAUAUGUGGAGAUUACCAUAAGCCAGGGGUGGGCAAACCAGUCCUCGAGGGCCGCAGUGGGUCCUGGUCUUUGUUCCAACUGAUUCAGCACAGACAGUUUAACCAAUGAGGUUUCAGUGGAAACAAGAAGCACCUGACGGCAAUCAACUGAUUGCACUUGUAAGAAACCAGAUUGGUGAAAGGCUGUCCUCAUGAUGGGUAUGAACAAAAACCUGCACCCACUGCGGCCCUUUGUGGAAUAGUUUGCCCACCCCUGCCAUAAGCGGAGUUUAA